UGCGACUUGGGAGUUUGGAACAUCAGAAAAAAAAUGCUGUGUGGAGGUGUAAGAGCAGCAGUUUACUGUAGCACAAACAUCUUAUCAUUUCCUCGUCUCCGCUCUUCUUCUUCUUCUUCUCCUUCUCCGUUCAAAUUCUUCUACUUUCCCUCCACCACCCGUCUCUACGCCGCUCAAUCACAACCGUCCAUCAAAAUGUCCGCCGGCAAUCCACCUGAGUUCAUAGAACACAUCGUCCUCUUCAAAGUGAAACCAGAUAUUGACCCUUCCAAAGCAACGGCCGUGGUCAACAACCUCAGUAGUCUCGCCUCACUCGAUUCCGUCCUCCACCUCACCGCCGGCCCGGUCCUCCGGUCCAGAUCCUCCUCUCUCACCUUCACUCACAUGCUCCACUCUCGCUACGCCUCCAAGUCCGACCUCGAUGCUUACUCCGCACACCCUGACCACGUCGCCGUCGUCACCAAUUACGUCAAGCCUAUCGUCGAUGACAUUAUGGCCGUCGAUUGGGUUGCCAGUGGCGCCGGCGCGGUUAAUAUUCCUCCCGGUUCGGCUAUGAGGGUGACGUUUUUGAAAUUGAAGGAGGGCUCCGGGGAGGAUGAGAAAAAUGAGGUUUUGGGGGUGAUUGGGGGAAUCAAAGAGAAGUUUCCGGGGAUUGAGCAGUUGAGUUUUGGGGAGAACUUUUCUCCCGGGAGAGCGAAAGGGUUUUCAAUCGCCUCUGUUGCAGUACUCAACGGGGUUAAUGAAUUGGAGGGAUUCGAUGCGGAACCGGAGGCGGCCAAUAAGCAGAAGGAUUUGGUUAGGGAUAAGCUAGAUGGUGUGGUGGUGCUGGAUUACGUUGUUCCUCCGCCGCAGACGGCUAGCCUCUGAUGAAGGAAGACUUUCAGAUACGAGUAUACAACAAGGAUAGCAAUUUUGCAAUUUUUCGUUUUGAGCCCUAUCAGCCUCCUCUCCUCAGUUUGAUUUCUUGCAUGCAAGUCUACCGCUCGAUCACUAAAAAUUGUUUGAAGUGAAGUGAUCGCUGUGCAACCAAUGACUGCACAACUGGCAGAUUUGAAAUGGGAAGUUUGGUUCAGUUUCACUCUCAACUAGUGCAUGCCUUGCCCCAUAGUGACAUGCUAUAGAACUGGAGCUACUUUCGCUCUCUUGAAGUUGGUCAGUUCACUGCUUUUUAAGAAAUUUCUCUUGUGCAAGGAUGAUGAUGAAAUGAAGAAAAUAAUGCAUAUGGUUCAGCCAAUUCUCUCACAGGCCACAGCGACUGAAGAUGAGCACAUUACGCAAAGAAAACUGCAAUACACCUUCAAGUGAUUUCUAAGCGCCAAUGUUAUCCUUAGCCACCUUCCCUCGUCCUCUUUAUUUCUCUCACCCUGCCCUGCCCUUUUAUCGUUUGCCAAGUGAUGUCCAACCCGUGCUUUUCUUCAAGUCCAGGCCUGCAUAUAUCCAAUUUUCCUUUAUAGGAGGCUACUCUUACCUGUCUAAAUUUGUUUUCAAUUUUAUUGGUCAUGUGAGUGAAAUUCAAUCACACAACUAAACGUAAUACAGUC